AUGAGUUAUAAGAACCCUUUUUUAAAUAGCAAGUUGCUGCAGAGUCGAACAGCAAAUAAUGAUCAACUGAAUAAGAAACAGAAUGGCAACACCAGUUUUGCCAAAGGUUUUGUACCCCAAACAUCACCAGCGUCAGUAUCGUCAUCAUUCAUCAAUGGAAGAGUAAACAAUAGCAUCACCAGCAGCAGAAAUGAUACCAGCUACACUAGAAUAUUUAGGCAGUCACAUCGAGAGAUGAGUUCAGGGGUGAAUCCUUCAACACCAAAUGCCGAUGAAGUAAUAAACAGGAUCAAUAAACUUCAAAAUCGAUAUAGAAGCUUAAUCUCGCACCAGGAGCAAGAGAUGACUGCCUUGAGAGAAAAACACCAAAUGGAAAGGAAAGCGCAAUUGCAAAAAGAUAAGAUGAGAAAAGUGACGUUUGAAGGGGAAAUAGUCAAUUUGGGGAGGUUAUUACAACAACAACAACAAGUUGAAACCGAGGGCCUGAAUGAAAUAGGAAAAGAGAAACAAGAACAAGAGCAAGUAGAAUAUGAGGAUGAUGAGAGUGAUGAGAGUGAUGAGGACGAACAAGAGGAGGAAGUAGCAGAAGAAGAGUAUCUGGAUAAUGUUAAGCAGGAGGAACUGAAUCAAUCUGCCGAAGAUAGUGACAUUGAAAUCAUCAGUAUAAGUGAUCUGGACAGCGAGGAAGAAGACCAGCCUGAAUCAGUACAGUCUAAAAUUGAAAAGACCGAUGAAGUUAAUCCACCUUACAACCAUGUAAACUCAACCUAUACAAAGAGCUAUCAACAUGACGACGAAAAUGAACACGAAUGUGAAAGUGAAGACGAAGAUGAUGAUGAAGUUGUCGAUCUAGACAUGGAUGAAUACGAGGAUGAAGAGCCAGAAGAAGAAGAAGAGGAUGAAAUGGACGAAGAAGAUGAAGAUGAAGGAGAAGACGAAAUGGACGAAGAAGAGGAUGAAAUGGAUGAAGAAGAUGAAGAAGAAGGAGAAGAUGAAGAAGAUGAAGAGGAUGAAGAGGAUGGUGAUGAUGAACAAGAAAGAAAUAGUGCCAUCAACCCUUAUGACGGACUCGGUCCUAAUAAUUCCAAUUUGUUUGCUCAGAAUUUGGCUAGCUAUGCAAUUGGAGCCCAUAAUACAGAACACGAGAAUCUCAAUCAGGCUGCUUCUUUUUAUAAUCCAUCAGCAAACCUCUUUGAAUCCAAUCUAUACCAAUAUAGUCCAAAUGAACAGCACACAGGAUGCGACUCAAAACCAGCAUCUUCUCAAGAGCUCCAAGAAUUGAUUAAAGAUCCGUCAGCCGGUGAUUAUGAUAAACUUAAUCAGAACUUUAAUCAAACGGUUAGGAAACAAGACGAAUUGAGAUAUCAACUGAUGCAUGAUCCAUAUGCAAACCAUGGUGAGCAAUUGAAAUUAAGGUAUUCAGAGCAGCCAGCAUGGAAUCUUCAGUAUAGGAGUGAGUAUCCUAUUCAACCUUUACAUGAAUACGAUGAUGAUGAUAAUAUAGGCAAAGAUGUAGAUGAAGAAGUUGAUGAAGACGAGGACGAAAUUGAAGAAAUUGGCGAAGAAGACAGUGGCACUAGAAGCGAAUCUGAAAUUGAAAUCGAAGAAACCAGCAGAGAGCAGGAAAAUGCUAGCGAUACAAAUAAAUUCACCACUCAAUCUCAAUCCCAUCAUGAUACAGGCAAUGCAACAGGUGGAAAUAACGACGCCGAGGGAGAAGCUUUGAAUAAAGUAGAAUAUACCACAAAACCAGAACAACCUGUUAAAUUUGAAAAUUCAGAACAUUUUCAACCAUCUACAUCGGAAAUUGAGGUAAAGUACCCGGUGCCACUUUUCUUUGAUCAAAAAAACGAAACUACGCAUAACAAUUCAAAUUACAUUGAUUCCCAAGAAGAAGACUAUGCUGACCUGGAAAAGGAAGAGGAAGAUGAAGAUGAAGAUCAAGAAGCAAACAAGGCAGAGGGUGUAUAUAACUCGCACUUGGUGUCCACAUUUCCCGAAAGUACAUCAAAAAUCCUGCGACGAUUUCAUGAUUCAAAUCAACAAUCUGGUUAUAUGGCAGACUCUGAAUUUACAGAUAAUCCAACUUCUUUCAAGCAUACUUUUAAAGAAGACGAGCAAGAAGGAGGGGAACAGGGGGGAAUAAAGCUUGGGGAUAAAGAAAAAGUUGAACCACUUGAAGAAAUGCAAGAUGGCAAUAAUUUUGGCGCAAAUUUUGCACCACUACCAGAAGCAUUUUAUGCACAUGAGUUGAACAAGCCAUUGAAACCCCGAGACCGAGAUGAUAAUCACUCUGAUGCAUCAUUGGCCGAUGAAAGUCAAUUUGAAUCUGCCAAGAGUGAUUAUUACAAUCUCCCUGUUAUUAAAGACUUUAUACUGUUUACACAAACUUUACCACAAACAACAGAAAUCAAGAUGGACGAAAGCGAAUUGAAACAAAAUGACAGUUAUUCAGAUUCUACGUCUACUCCUCAAUCCGAGAGUGAAUUACCACCUGCACCAAUUUUCAGAUCAAUUACCCCUGAAGAACCAGUUACGACAUUGAAGAAAUUGAAAGAGGCUGAGAAGAAAUACAAUAUCAAAAUUGAAGCAGUAGAUGAUUUGGAGCGGAGCUUGGGAAUUUCCUGGGAUGAAAAUGAUGAAGAACAUAAAACCAAGAAUGAAACUGAAGGAAAACAAACUGAAGAGAAACAAACUGAAGGAAAACAAACCUUGAAUUUCUUUGAAAUACUAUCAGCUCACGAGCAGAUUGUAAAGCCUAUACUUGAACCAAUCGAUUCUGACCUGAACAUUGAACAGGAGAUGGAGCUGGAUCAGGACACAUCUUUAAUGAUUUCCGAAAACCAGUCCUCAGAAUUGGAAGAUGAAAGUAGAGUUGAAGUAGAGGCCAUACCUGCUCCUGAACUUUUAGAUGUUGAAGUUAAUGGUUACGAUAAAGAAGAUAUAGAAGGAGAUUCAGAUAGUUUUGAUAAACAUGAUAAUGAUGUUAUUGAUGUUGUUGAUGAAAGUGAUUACGAUACGAUGACACUUGACUCUUUAGCCAGUGACGAUAACCAAAACCGGGAUGCCGAUAUCACUAUGGAGAAUGAAGAUUCUAAAGUGUUUAAGCCCGAAACUGACGAUAAUGAGACGACGGAAAAUAUCGAGUCAGAUGCAAGUACAAAUUCGGAUGUUACAAUUCAAGCAUUUGAGACUUCUCAAAAUGACUCAAGAUCAUUGUCUGAGUCUAUUGCUGAUUCCAACAAGCAGGACAUUUUGAAGAGUAGUACCCCAGUACCAAUUGAUACUAGUAAAGUGUGCAAUGAUGAUAACAGUAGCAUCGAAAAAGAUAACAAAAAUGGUAUCGAUAUUGAUAUUGAUAACAUCGAUGAUCAUUCUAUGAAUCAAGUUUAUCCAACAAUAAGUGAAGAUGUGCAAAAAGAUUUUGGCAAUUCGAAGUUGAAUGAAGCAACUGAAAGUGAAGAACCGAACUUGGUAACUGAUAUUGAGGUUGCAGAAACCAAUGAAGACGCAGAGUCUGCUGCUGAGGAGCCUUUUAAUUUUGAAUUGGAAAAUAGUAACUUGAAAGUGCUUUCACAAUCGAUUCUGGCACCAGUUUUGGAUCCGUUGAGCGAAGAGGAGAAUAACAGCAGCAGUAGCUGCAACUCUUCAAUAAUGUCAGAGGACUCUCAUUUGGAUGUCGUAAACUCAGAAUCGAAAGAACCUGAGCAAGCUGCAAUACAAACAACUGAUGAAAGUGGAUCUGAUGAUAGAAUGGCAAUAGAUGUCCUCAAUGUAAGUGAAGAUCAUACAGAACCUCCACUUGAAAUGGAAACUAUUCAAAGAGCAGAAAGUAAAGACUCAGUUAAGCCAAAAGUAGAAGGACUGGCUUCAAAAGAGGAAUUUUCAAAUGAAAUUGAUAAUAAAAUUGAUAAUGAAAUUGCUGUUUCAAAUCAAACAUCUGCAAGUGUCGACGAAAUCAAUAAAAACGACCCUAAAGUUGAAAAUGCUUUAGCUUUACCAGAAUCUUAUGAACAGUUUGAUAAAGCGACAAAUGACAUUGUAGAAAAGAGCUUUGAGGGUAUUGCCUCCAAAUACGAAGCCAAUUUUGAAGAGUCAGAAUUGCCAGUAGAGCAUGCUUUACCAGCUUUGAUUUGUGAAGAUGGUUUAAAAUAUGCGGAAGGGAAACCUGGGGAACAAAUUGAAAGUGAUAAACAAAUAUCAGUAGAAGAAGAUAAACAAGAAGAACAGAAACAAGAAGAACAGGAACAAGAAGACACAAACACAGAGAAUAUGGAGAAGGACAAUGAUUUAUUUGAGGAAGUUGACCAGGAAAAAUUGGAACCGCUGGUCAAUGAUGUCGCAUCAAAGGGUGAAGUGGACUUUAAAAAGGAAAGUAAAUUAGUAAAGCCUAUUUAUAAUGCGUUUACACAUGUUAGUAAUAUCUCGCAAAGUACAAGAGAUUACUUAUACCAUGGGAAAAAUUAUGUUGCUUCAACUUACCAAUCCGUUGGCACUCAAUAUGCCUCAUCAAAGAAAUUAAUGUCCAAAAUGUGGCAGAGUAUACCUUCAAUAGAAUUACAAAUAAGCAAAGAAACUCCUGUUGUUGAGAUUGAAUACAAGAGACCCUCAAGAAGAAGGAGACGGAAUAGAAAGCAUGCUCAUUUGUUAUUGAAGAAAGCACUUUACAAUUUUGAGGCCCCAGAGACCCAAGCUGCACUUCAAAUAAUCACACAAACGCAUUUGAAUAGUGAUGGAAAUGAUGAAAAGAAGCAUUUGAAAUCUAGUGAUUCUGAAUCUUCAAGUGUAGAAAAUGAUACAAAAUCUGUUAAAGAUGGGUCAGAAGUUGCAUUAACAAAGCCAGGUUUUGAAAUGGAAAAUAUCGAGUUGCUGUCAAUUAAACAGGAGCCAAAGUCCACUCGACUUGCAAGGAAAUCCUUACCCUCACAAUCUGUUCAAAAAACUACUAACGUAGUGGGAAGUCCUUCAAAGAAAACUCCUCACGCUCGUCUUUCUACUUCUUCUGGUCAUCAUAACCAACAACAGCAACAACAUCAUCAUCGUCGUAACUUGUAUGGCCUAUUGGCUUCUGACAUAGAGCCAGUCGAACCUAUUAGAAGGCUACGUAAUGGACAUGUUUACGGCUUAGACAGCCAAUCGCCAGCUCCCGUAUCAUCACCAGCUUCUCCUUCUUUGUCACAUCAAAGUCUGAGACGGUCAAGCUCGCAACAGGAGGAGCAAUUGCAAGUUGAUCAUCCCGCUUCGCGAACAAGAUCAAAAUCACCUCUAAAACGAACGCUUCAAGAGUUGGCUGGGCCAAUUGAACAAAAUAGACAUAAAAAGAGAAAAGCUUCUGACACUGCAUCACCGGCACUUACUUCUGCCAAUGAAGAAGAGCGAGGAAGAUCAAGGGAAAGGUAG